UUAUCAAAGACAGAAAUAAAGCAAACGAUAGACCAUGCACUUCUAAACUUACAAACACUUUCAUCAGACAGCGAACAAACUCCUGAAGACUUAGAUAAUUCAAUAGAUUUGCUGAAUAAAAUUGUUGAUGUUUCCAAUAGGUCCAACGUUACACUUCGAAAGUCGCUGAUUGUGACAACAAUUGACAAUAUACUAGCAGAAAAUCACACUGCUGCUUGGAAUAACACUUCUACAAAGGAGGUUAGUGCAAGAGUCAAUAAAAUCUUCAAGACAGUUGACAAAAUAGGAUUGUAUCUCUUAGAGACGGUCAACGAGAACGAAAGCAUCAUAUUUAACUCAACAAAAAAUAUUGUUUUUACAGUUGCAAAGAUUCCAGCAGAUCAACCCGUUAUUUUCCCAGAAAACAAUACCACCCUAAUUUCAUCGCUAGUGUUUCCAGUACAAGCUAAUGGUUUUAAUCAAAGUAUUCCCUACCUUGCAGUGAAGUAUACAACACUGGCAAAAAAUUUGAAUGACAACAAAAAAGUGAAAGAGAACAUAACACUUGAGAAAAAUUUAAUUGAUAACAAAAGAAUGACAGAAAAUUCAGGAUACGAUAUUUCGUCUGAUAUUAUGUCAUUAACUCUCAAAGAACCUUUAUUUGGAGGAACAUUAGACCAACCAAUACAUUUAAAGUUUAUAAAAGACUUAAAAGGAGUAGAGACUAACAAUUUAACUAGCGAAUGUGUAUUUUGGGACUUUCAACUCAAUAACGGAACUGGUGGGUGGUCAACCAGAGGAUGUAAAUUACUAUCUACAGAUGAUAUUUAUCUACAUUGUGAAUGCAACCAUCUGACAAAUUUUGCAGUACUGAUGCGACCAUAUUCAAGGAUACAGGACAAAGAAGAAGCAUUGAAUUGGAUUUCCAUAAUUGGUUGUUCGAUAUCGAUCUUUCUGUCUUUGCUGACGGCCAUUAUUUACAUCUUUUUCUGGAAGUCUAUUACAGUCAACGUCAACCGAAUAAUAAAUAAGAUCAUAGUGCUUCUAUGUUUGAGUCUCUCUUUGGCUUACACGUUAUUUCUAAUUGGAGUUGAUAAAAUACAGAAUGAAAUCGGAUGCACUGUCAUAACAGCACUGUUACAUUAUCUUUUCCUAUUUAUUUUCUUUCUGAUGUUGGCCCUUGGGUGUCACUAUUUCAGCACUAUCUCUCUGGUCAAAUUAUCAUUGUCUAAAGCAACAGCACUUCAAAGCCAUGUCAAUGCUUCCAGUAAAGUCACGUUUGGAGUUGUCACGGUUAUACCACUUAGCAUAACCGCAGUAACUUUCGGAAUCGUAUAUUCCUCGGGCAAGGACUAUCAUUCACAAACCAGUUGCUGGUUAUCAUUUGAAAGUGGAGCUUUGUAUGGAUUCAUUGGACCCGUGGCUGGAAUUAUUUUGGUCAAUAUCAUAAUUGUAUUCAGUCUAAUUCUGACGCUAUAUUCAACAAUUUCCUCAGAAGGAAAACUGAAGAAAAGGACAUUAGCCGGAAUAAAGUCCAUCUGUGUCCUGUUACCUGUUCUGGGUGUCACGUGGUUGUUUGGCCUCUUGUCCAUUAAUGAGGACGUGGUCGUCUUUCAGUAUAUAUUUGCUCUGUUAAACUCCUUUCAGGGACUUUUUAUUUUCAUCUCCAAAUGUCUUCUGAAUAAAAAGAUCAGAAAGUUGCUCAGCGACCGCAUGCACGUAGAAGGUUCAGAAGGCUGGAGAAGCAGGUUUUAUACACUACUGAGCAGCAAUAAGGUGUCUACGAAUACGAAGGAGUUUUCUUCAGCGUCUAGAAUUAAAAUUGAUGGAGAAGAAUUAUUAAUUAAACAAAAAGAAGGGGAGUCUAUCCAGCUUAACGAGGCCGAGUCUAACUCGAGUGCGCAGCUUUAUACUUUCAUGCAGUCAAUUGUGUGA